UUAACUUGUUGUGGAGAGAAGCAGAGAAAACUUUAUUGUCUUUUUAUGUUUAGUUGUCAGUUUCAAACAACCUUAUGGCCUUUUUGAUAAAUGUGCACUUUGCAGAAAACCCCCUACUUAGAAAGCAAGCAGAUUUGAAAACUAAAAUCGUAUAUACUUUGAAGAAAAGUGCAUUGUUUAUUAUUACAGCACUGCAUUUGUCUUUGAACCUGAAGCAAUGGACUUCUUGGUGGGAAUUAAAUCAAACAGUUUUAUUGUGAGUUUCUGAACAUUUUACCAAUUUGGAAAAAAAAUAACAGCAUGGAAGAAUAGCCUCAGUGAAAAGAAGAAAUGGAGGGAGGAGAAGUGAAUGUUUAUGAGGGGGGGCAGGCUGGGAGACGAAUGGCUGUGGAGGAUUCCUGUAAUGAGUCUGUGGAGUUUCUAUGGAAACCGGAUUACAACUAAGUCCACAUAUAAAGACAUGGAACUUACUGGAAGGAUCUAACUUUAAGCAGUGGAAAUAAAAAUUCAGCUCGUCCUGCAAAUAAACUUUCGUCAGAGGAUAGAGGCUGGUCUACGAAGGAUCACAUGACCUCAACGGGCAGAGCAGGUUCUAGAAGCAGCUCUGUUACAAGGAUCUGACACGGACCUGUAGUUUGUGUAUAACGGACAAGGAAGACCUGAAGCACAAAGCUUUUUAAGGAACAGAAUCAGAGAGCUGCAGAGUUACAAGAAGAGUCUGCUGCUUUAUCUCUUAGCCUCUGCCUAAGAGCUCACAGCAUGCAGCUCUCUCAGAGCCUGGACCAGAGACUCCACAUGCUCAGACAGGAAGUCAGGACGAUGAGUCAGGAAAAUGAUCGAGAGGAGCAAGUCUGGAGAGAACGGCUACAGCGCUGUCAAAAGCAGCUAAAGGCUAAAGAUGAGGAAAUGAGUCGUCAGUCACAGUAUUUUGAGAACUUUAAAGCUCAGCUUCAACAGAAACUCAGCCUGGCCAGAGACCGAGAGCAGAGUCUGCAGAAACGCAUCUACAGUUUAGAAAAACAGCUGCUCGACGUGACUGUCAGCUCUGCUACUGGAAUGGCAACAAUCACAGCCGUCAGAAUUACUGCUGGGACUGUAAUAUACAGCGAUGAAAUUGACAGGUUAGCGUCUCUGAGAGGGGAGGGGGAGGGCGAGGAGGAGAACAAGGACAACAGGAGGAAGCGGUGGCAGCCAAAUGUUCCAGCUGUGAUCAGAGAGAGGCCACGGUUUGAUGAGGGUAAAACAGAAUCAGACACAGAGGAAGGAAGAGACAAAGAACCAAACAUUUCUUCAAACGAGACCAGACUGCAAAAUUUCAUCUUCAGUCUGCAGGAGGAUCUCAAGGUGCUGCUGGAGAGAGAGGAAGCAGGGACAACUGAGCGGGGAAAACUGUUAGAGGAGCUCCAGGAGGCUCAUGAAAAUGGCCACUUCUUGGGCUGCAAAGUGGAAGAGCUGAAGGCAGAGCUGCUUCAACUGAGACAGUCAGAGAGCUCAUUGACUGAGGAGAUUAAAAAACUGAGAGAGGAAAACCAGAGUCUUCAGCAGAUGCUCAGGGAUGCAGCUAACCCCACACCUCCUCACUCAUCUCUAAAACCUGAGGCACCAUGCUUGAUUUCAGAUGCAGAUUUCCUUCCCUGCAGCCCAGAUGCAGAAAUCAGACAGUCUUUAGCAGGAACCCUGGGAAAGGUGCAGCUAAAUGCAAAUGAGAAAAUCUGUCAGCCUGCUUUGUCUACAAUUCCACCCAUUGACCAUCGGGGUGCAGCAGAGCACAAGCUGAACAACAGAGAGAAUCGUUUUCCCCCAGCCAGUUCAAAAGCGCCAAACCAAAAUCCUCUCAACCUCUUUGACCAAAUUGGCUCCAAAGCUCAUCCAGAGUUCCAGUCACUUUCUUUUUCCACAGAGUCUCUUUCUCAGCCUAAACUGGGAAGCAUGGAGGAAAAUCCUAGUGAGGAAUCUGAUGCCCUGAGGGCAGCCUUUCAAAGCCUGGGCUUUGGUGAUGAUUUGCAAGCUCUUAAAGAACAACGUGACAAACUGGAGAUUGAACUUCAGCGCACAACAGCAGAGCUACAGGCAAAAGCUCAGGAGAAUGCUGACUUAAAGUUACUGCUCAGGAGGGAAGAUAAACAACAACAGAGUGAAAAAGAGCAGAGCUCAUCAAAAAAUAAGAUUACCACCCCAUCCUCUUGUAAAAGUGAUCAUCAUCCUCAAUUAUAUUCUUCCAAUGAUGAUGCAGCAUUUGACCUUGCUCAGACUGAGCUCAUCCAAGCCCUUAACCAGGAAAACCGGGCUUUGGCGGACAGAAUCCAAGAGCUGCGGGCUCACAUUGAACUCAGAGAAGAAGAGAUAAAGAAGGAGCAAACUGCCCUGAGGGGACAUGUUUGUAGGCUGGAAGAGGACUGUGUCAGGCUGGAGCAGGAGAACCAGGAGCAACUUGGUUUGAUCUCAGAACUCACCAGGAAGACAGAGGAUGAUCUGAAUACUAUCAUGGAGCUUCAGCAAAAGUUAGAAGAGAGCAGAGAGGAACCAAGGACUCUGGGGAAAAGUGAACACCAGGCUGGAAUAGUGCAUGAAUUUCAAGAAGAAUAUGUGGAGAGUUUAGUUGACGGUUUUCUUAAAGCAGAUGAAAAAGCCAAGUUGAUUUUCAGUCAGACAGCUGACAGUGUGACCACAGCCUCCUUGUCUAGUUGUCAGGAAAAUGUUCAGCAUGACUCAUUACAAAAUAUCUCUCAGAAAAGUCUGUAUGUUGGUCCUCUGACAGAUGAAGUAACCCAGCUCAACACGUCAAUCCAAAGCCUCAAAACCCAACAAAAAGAGCUGACAGCCAACAUCAGUUCUCUCAGAGAAGAGCAGAAAGAAGUCGCUCUGUCGGUCCAAAGACAAACGGAAGAAAAACAGCAGUUAACUCGCUCAGUAUGGGCACUGAAGGAGCAGAAAGAUUGCAUCUUUCAGUCUCUGCAUAACCUAAAACAAGAGAAAGAGCAGCUGAACAGGGCCGUCUGCACUUUGAAGGAUGAGAGGGAUCAGUGUUUAAGGUCCAUCAGUGGUCUAAAUGGAGAGAAAGAGGAGCUAGCUCUGUCUUUAUCAGCUCUCCAAAGAGACAAAGAUGUGAUAAAAGAAUUUAUUUCAAGUGUUGAAGAAGAGAGAGAUCGGAUCAUGAAGUCUCUGCAGAGUUUACAGACGGAGAGCGACCAGUUAAGCCAAACAGUUCUUCAUUUGAAAAAACAACGAGACCAGCUAACCGAUUCACUCAAAGGUCUCAGAGAACAGAGAGACCAGGAGCAGCUAACUCACUCUUUAAAAAAUGAGUGUGACCAGCUGACAAUGACUGUCAGCAGUUUGAAAGAAGAAGAGGAAAAGCUGCAGCAAUCAAUCAUCUGCUUAAAGCAAGAACAAAGCAGCAUAAAGCAAAUCAUUUUAGAUUUAAAAGAGGAGAGAUACAGCCUUCAAACACAUGCAAAAGAGAUCAACCAGAAGCUGAAUCUAAGCAGGGAGGAUAUGACAAACAGAACUGGGGAAACAGAAGAUGCUCCAAGAUGUGAGAUCAGUGAAAACAGUGGAAAGUCUGAACAGAAUGAAUCUGACCUGAUGAGGAAGAUUGAGGCUUUGAGAGCUGAAUUAAUUAGGUCAAGAGAGGAACUGGAAAAGAGUCAUGCAGAGAUCAGUAAAGUAAACAUUGAGUUGUCUCAGGCAGAGGCCAGGUGUGAAGUGGCAGAAAAAAAGGCAGCUGAGCUGGUGAUGAGACUGAGAGAAUCAGCCACUGAGAGGGAAGACAUCAUGAAGGAAUAUGAGGGCAAAGCAAAGCAGGUGAAGGAGCUGCAGAAUAAACUGAUGAACCUGCUCAGGGAGAAGACUGAUGCUCUGUCUUUGAAGGCACAAUCAGAGGAGCAAUAUAACAUCCUUUCUGCACAGCUCAAAGCUAAGACCGUCGCUCUGGAGGAGCUCAACUCGGAGUACAUUGCUCUGAAACGAGGGCAGGGCAGCAGAGAUGAUCAGUCCUCUGCAAUCUGCUCCCUCAGAGCACGCUACAGUGACAUCAGAGCUAAGUAUGAUCUACUUCUUAAAAGAAAAGGCCAAACUGAUCUGGAUGUUGCUCCCUUAAAGGCCAAGCUGUCCUGCCUGGUGGUGAAGUGUCAGGAGAGAAACAGCUUGUUAGCUGAGAUGAUGAAGUCCAUGCACAGGCGAGGCUGUUUAGAGCCCAGGCUGACGCAGCAGGCUGAGCAUCUGCUCAGUGAUGCUGCUCUGCAGGAAUACACUGCUGCGUUCUCGCCAAAAAGCAAAAGCCAACUUAAUGACUUUACCCGAGAUUUUUUUUCAGUUUUUCAAGGCUGCAAUAGUGGUUUCAUGCCUGAUCCAACCGGCCCUGUUGAAUCAAGCUGUUUGAUUAAGCAUCCAAAAGAGGUCUCACCAGUACCUGGAGCUCAGUUUGGUAAAAGUGAAAAGUGCUCUUUGAUGUUUGGCGGUGAGACUACAACAAAUCCUCAAGACUGCUUUAAAGAUGCACAUGCAGCAGCAGAAGCGCUGAAGAAAAACUCCUCAGUUUCCACAUCUCCUUCAAGUAGUAUAACGUCCCCUGCUGUCCCAUUAAAGGAGAAAAUGUUCACUAACUGUCUGCAGCUUUCUUCUACCACUGGAUCACCCCAGGCAACCUGCUGGCCAGCGGAAAUUGACUCUGUUCAUUUAAAGAUGAAAGAGAAAUGCUCAAACCCAGCUGAGUUUGGGGAACUGUCUCAAAGUCCUACAGCGGUUUCUAGCAAACAAGUCAGUCCAAGCAGGAGACUGAGCAGUCCUGAGAAGAUUCUCAACCUGCAAGAAGAAUUGCAGAGGACUCUAAUGGACAUCUCUCAGGUGCCGGAGAGCAGAGGAAGAGGAAAGGAACCUCGGCGAAAACUCUCACUUUCAGACCCUACAGAACGAGACUAUCCCAAAACAACUGGACAAAACUUUUCUGUCAUUGUUCAACGUCCUGACUAUCUUCCACUCUCAAAUUUUUCUUCUGCCACUAAACACAACCCAGUCCUAACUACUAAAACUAACACCUCUAACAAGUCACCAACUCUUUUUAAUGCAGUUUCUUCUCGGUCUGCCAAUGCCAAAUUAACUCCAAGCAUAAUCACUUCCUGUCACCUUAAAUCAGACGGAUCCUCAGAACUUUUAACCUCUUCUGAUUCUUCUUUAAACUCUGCAAUUCACAGAAAAGACAGCUCCAUCUGUAGUGAAGAGAACAAGCUAACAACACACAAAAAGCAGGGAAAGAAAAGCCCCACCAUGCUUAAUGUAUCAGAUGAAACAAACACAGAGACAUUUCAUAGUUUCUGUAGUGAAUCUGUUGGUUUUUCUUCUGCAAGAUCUCACAAGGCUGCUGCAGAUUCCACUGCUUUGUUGGAAAAUACUUCAAGAGACAGACCAGGAGCUCCAGCGGAGGUUCGCUCUGUUGAGGUCAUUAAAAGAGUGGGACAGAGCAGCCUUCUGAUUGGCUGGGAGCGGCCGCCUCUCGACGAGCUCGGCUGCAGCAAUGCCACGUUUGUGUAUGGAUACAGGGUUUUUGUAAACAAGGAAUUCCACAAAUCUGUCAUGAGCUCCGCGUGUACUAAGUGUAUUCUGGAGAACAUCUACCUAAGUGUCCCUGUCCACAUUGGUGUCCAGACUUUGGGCUCUAAUGGACUCUGUUCUGACAGUGUCUACACCAUUUAUGCCAACGGAGAAUAAUAAGCAACCCUGGCUCUAGCAGCUAGACUUCAUCAGACCUCUCAGUGGGAAAGAACUGCAGAGCAAAGCCGUCUAAAGCCACAGUCAACUGCACGGACAUCCAACCCCAACCUUAGCUAAGCAAACUCUGGGACAAUCCUGCCAACCAGUCUGGAAAAAGAAAAAUUGUUUUUAACAUGGAGCAACCUUAAGCAGACAUUUAAACCUCAAAACCUUCACAUGAAGAUGUCAAAGGAAAUGAGCUCUCUGCUUCUGCAAUCACAGGUCAUUUCCUGUUUAAAAAAAAUGCUUAUUUCUCAUUGGAGUAACUUUGCGUUUUACCUGCCGAACUCCUAGAUGUGGUGUUUUCAGAACAUUGAGACAGUCAGCCGUAAUCACCGUUAAAUGAGUAAAUAUAUCUUUAUCUCAAAGCCAAGAAAUGUUAAGAUAAAAAGGCAUCAUUGACACGGAAGUAUAUUGACUUAUCUUCAUGGAUAUGUUAGUGAUGUCUGUAUUAUACUGUGUGGACAACAUGCUUCAUCAAGGAGCUCUACCGCUGCCUCUCUGGACUCUACACGUUUAGCAUCCAGCUAAAGGAACAUUUCAUUCCUUUGAACUGAAAACAGGUCAGACCUGAUGGUCACACUACUUGAUUUUUAUACAUGAAGCCAAAUAUGUUGAAAUGACGAUUCACUCCAAAGACUUGUCUGUUCCCCUCCUCUCACAUGUCUACAGAACUUCUUUUACUGCAGAAGAUUAAAUUACAUUCAAAUAAAAAAUGCACAAAGGGAUUAUUUAGAUCUUGAAGAAGAAAUUUUAACAAUGAGAUAAUCACUAAUAUUUUUUCUAAAGAAUAUUAUUAAAAAAAAGAUUAUGCGAAUAUAAUUUACCUCACACUGUAUCUGUUUUUGUAUCAGUGACACUUCAUACUUAGUGUUUGCACUCAGAUUAUUUUCCUUUAUUUUGAUAAAUGUUCACAGCACACAUAGUAAAUUGUUUUGCUACAGGCUCUAAAUAUGUGUGUAGAGUGAUCUUGGUGCAGAAAAAGGUAUUUUUCUAUCAGUUAUUGAUGUUGACUUCCCACUGAUUCAUUCUUAUUGUACCAAGAAUAAAUAUU